CAUCUCACUCCUCCCCUCUGAAUCCUUCCCACUGCAGGGAGCUGCUGAGGAGCCACAUGGUCCAUCCCUGGAUUCUCCAAGCAGUGACUGCCCAUCCAUGCUGACCACAGCCAGGGGCCACAUCCCACUGCCUGCCCAGUGUCCAUCCAUGGAGGUGACCACCGUGUCCCCUUUCUUCACCUCACCAAACGAUGGACCUGGUCAGUGUGAGAUCAAUGUCUCCAGCGUGGCCAUGCACUUUGUGACACUGCUCAUCGGCCUCUGUGGGCUGGCUGGGAACGGGACUUUCCUCUGGCUCCUCCUCAUUGAUGCCAUCACUGACUUUGUGGCUUUCAAUCAGGCCAGCAUCGACUUCCUCUUCCUCAUCUUCAUGGUCCCCUCCACUCUGCUCUUCCUUGUGGAGGAAGUGUCCUGCUCUGCUCUAAUAUCCCCAAUGUAUUUGAGCUUGCUUUCCCAGCUGUCACUGUUCACCUACACCAUGGGGCUGUUCCAGCUGAUGUUCAUCAGCAUCGAGAGGUGCAGGUCCAUCCUCUGCCUGUUUUUCUGUGUUGGGCAACAGUCUGAGCAAUUGUUGUGGGUGGUGAUGAGUGCCCUGUUCUGGGCUUUGUUCUUUGUUGUCACCGCUGUCAAUCCCACAGUGACUUCCCUGUGCCAGUCACACGAACAGGAGAAGUGCCAGGUGGCUCUCACCUCCAUGUACGCCCUCAACCUCUUCCUAUUUGCUGUACCUAUGGUCAUUUCCAGCACAAUCCUCUUCAUUCAUUUCAAGCCUGGAUCCCAAGAGCCACCCAAGAAUCUGGACAUCGUUAUCUUCCUUGUUGCACUCUUCAGUCUGCCCCUCAGUCUCUGGUCAUUCCUGCAGCAGCUCGGUUACACGGCUGUGCCCUCCCAGGUGGUUUUCCUGCUCACCUGCAUCACCAGCAGCAUCAAACCCUUCAUCUACUUCUUGGUGGGGAGCUGGAAGAGAGCCUACUCCAUGAGAAGCUGCUGGAGACUCUGUUAG